AUGAGGCAGCUGAAAGAGGAAGAAUCCAGACUGAUGCUUAGUGGUGUGGAAGAAAUGCGAAAAAUCUUCGAUUCCAUCCGGGAAGAAAGGCGCGAAAACGGAUUUGCAACGACUACCGUGGAUUUCACGGUUGAGACGUCGAGGGGGAAUGACAUGGAAAUAUCGCAGGCUGAAUCAUAUCUCAAGGACCUCGAGCUGCAGCUGCUUCUGGCGGAAGAAGACGUCAUAUACGGCCUACCGGCUCCACCGACACCUUUUGAGCUCUCCAAGCCUGCCUCUGGUGGUUUCCGCCUUCGGCGCGUCGAGGCGACCUGCCAACUCCACGCCCAGGAAAAAUCGAAUCUCCUCAAACGGCUUGACAGGCUGACAUCGAGGCCGUCGGCUGAUCCGGAGGACGAGAAAAUUAGGGAGCUCGAGUCCCACCUGGAGGCGCUCGGCGACUAUCCCCAGAGGGCUCCUAGAGACUUUGGCGUUCUGCAAGAGUCGAAGUCUGGAUGGGGCACAGCAGAUGCCGGUGUCGAUAGUGCAGGAUGGUCCUCUGUGAAUGAGAUGCGCCAAAUCGACAACCCGCUCUCUCCGAAAAUGGAUAUUGACAUCGAGAAGGGCUGGGCGCUGGUGCCACCCAUUCCCAGGAUUUCAGCCGAAGGCAUCCUGCGCAGGAGCCUGGGACAAGGGACAGUUAUUCGCCACAACCCAUUCAGAUUAAGUCAUUUGCUGCAAAAUGUGGCCCUGGACCCAAGAGACCCUCGCAAUGCAAAACUUCUGGAGCUCAUUCGAGCCCGUGAAGCCAGCCAAUUCCCUUUGACAGUGAAGAACGUCUACCGGAUUGGCGUCCCUGUGGAGGCGAGCUUUCAAGGAAACACCAGGGUUCACAGAAAGAGAUCCAAAUUUCUCAAAGAUCGAUGGGAGGUGAUGAGGGCGGUCAAGAGUGGCUGGUGCACGAAGCCCAAUCUUGAUGCCACGAUGGCGCCGCUCUCCGCAACGAGCAUUCUGCACGACGAGGGGUAUAAUCGGGGAUUGGAAGCACUGCAAACGCUGUUGAAACAGCGAGAAAGCGAUGCAGCCGAAGCACAUCAUUCCGGCAUCAGCGAGAACAGGAAUGUCGGACUGAUGCAAGGAUCUACGGCUGACGCCAUCGAGAGGCGUGAGAUCCGUUCAAGAGAUUUCAUUCGGAGAGUUCGAGGAGCGGUAUCCAAGAGCAACAGCGGCAAGGCAAGGCAAUAUCGCACUGACGAUUUCGUGCGCGAAGCCCCUCUCCCGGAAUUCAAGUCAGACGGCCCGUCGCUUCUCUCAUUUUUACAACCCAGGAGGAAACUCCGGCCAAGGAAGAAGCAGGUGAAGGUGCUUCACUCCUUCCCAGAAAAGUGUGAGCUGCUUGUCAUGAUCCAGAGGGCCGCGCAUCUGCCCUCGCGCGUCCUGUCCCGCCACUCCCACCAGAGGCAAGGCGCAAAUUUCGCCAUCAAGGGCCUGAGACUGACGCCAUCAAGUGUCCCCCAUGAUGCACAACUCGACGCCAGCGGGCGGAAAGAUGACGUGGACAGCGAGGCGGAUGUGGAAUUUUUGCGCCCGUUCGUGGAGGUGAAUUUCCAGGGCCAGCGGGGCCGCACCAUGACCAUGGACGGCUGCGAGCCGCUCUUCAACGAGCAGGUGUGCAUGGACUUCGCUCCCAAGGGCGGGGACUUCUCGCCCGCCGCCCUCCAGUCCAUGGGCGACCUCAUCACCAUCAACGUCUUCGACGAGACUGAGAGAAAAGGGCCGAAGGCGCUAGACGAGUCGCAGGGUGGGUCCCCUGGGGCCCGCAAGCGGCACGAGAAAGCGUUCCUGGGCAGCCUGAGGCUGCCGGUGUCCACGGUGUACCAGCUCAGGAGGGUGGAGGGGACCUUCGAGCUGGACAGCCCAGCCGUGGUUCUGGGCCACGCCUUCGGCGGCGGCGCCCCGGUGAUCAGCGUGUUCAUAACGCUGAAGCCGGAGCUGCAGAGGCCCGGCAGCGCGGCUGAGACGAACGGAGUUGGAGAGCAGGAGGACAUUGUUCGCAAUGCCAACAGGUGGCAGGCCGGGGUCUCCGGGUGGCCCGGUUGCUCGCAGCGACGCAUUUCGUGCAUGGCCCUGGACACCGAUGGUACGCACUCCUUGCUAACGCGCUUCCUUGCCCCAACGAGGCUCCCUCCUGAAUUGGAGAGGCUGAUGGCGUCGAACCUGAGCCACGGCUACCUCAUGCGGAAAGCCGCCCGCUUUGUCAGCCUAGUGCCCUUCAUGGACGACUCCAUUUUCAGCAAGAGGCAGCACGACGUCUGGACCACCAGCACGGAGUUCCUGUACAUUACGGCGGGCGACCACGAGGAGCACGCCGUGCUGCUGGCUGGCUACUUUGCCGAGAUUGGGCAGAAGGCGUGGGUUGUUCUCGGGGCAACGACCUUGGGGGCUCGUUCAGCUUUCGUGCUGACGAAUGGUCAUCCGAGAAGACCCAAUGCUACCGGACCUUUCCCCGAACGUGGCAGCGAGCCCAACGUUCAAGUUGCAGCAAAAUGGAGGCUGUGGAAUCCCAUCAACGGGCGAUGCUUUUCCUUGAAGGACGUGAAAUGCGAGCUAAGAGAGGUUGGUGUUGUUUUCGACGACACGAACAUCUGGGCCAAUAUCCAGAGGACGGCGGAACCCUGGACGAUGUCUUGGGAUCUGUGCGACCCCAAGAUGUGGAGACCCUUUUUCGGUGCUCAUUUUCCACAUCGCCACCUGGCCACCCUUCAAGGGCCGCCAUUGUACGAAGAGCUGAAUGAGAUCUUCUAUGAGGAACUCGAAGCUCGAGUUGAGGACACUAUUCGAGAUACUUUGUACGAUGCGAGGAAGAGGCUUUUGUCCCAACCCCACAAACGCCUCAGCAGAGUGUUGAAGCGACUGCUUCGAGACAUGCCCGAAGAUAUGGCCCAGAUCAUGCAGGCCGAAGCUGAGGAGUUCUCUGGAGUGCAAGAAGAUGUUCAGGGCACCCAGAAAAGUCAGCUGGCAUCCAGGCUUGAGGAAAAGCAUGCACAGGCCUUGGAGCGAGAGACCAGGGCUGCCAAAACCACAGGGCACAUACUCACCCUGCCAUUCAGCGACGCUCUUGAUGAAAGUGUAAGAAGCGCUGUUCUCAACACCGGCAUUCACGAGGUUGCCGAUGAUGAUGUCAAAUUCGCCAUGGCGGCGCAUGUCGAGUGCACAGGGGUGGGAUUCGUGUGUUGCAUUUGGAUGUAUGUGGCAACUGUCAGGGGAAGAUGA